AUGAUUCACGCCGUGUUGAUAUUUAACACUAGUGGAAAGCCUCGUCUGGUCAAAUUUUAUGACUACUACUCACCUGAUAUACAGCAGCAGAUCACUGAGCAGACGUUUCGGGUGAUCAGCAACCGGAGCCAUGCUGAAUGUCACUUUGUGGAAACUGAUCUCAAGAAUGGAAUUCGCUCGAGCGAUCUGCUGCUGAUGUACCGGCAGUAUGCGACGCUCUACGUCGUCUUCUGCGUGGACAAGGCCGAAAAUGAGCUGGCCAUUCUUGAUCUGAUUCAGAUUUUUGUCGAAGCAAUGGACCGAUGCUUUGAGUCCGUCUGCGAGCUGGACAUAAUCUUCAACAUGGACAAAAUCCACUACAUACUGAAUGAAAUAAUCAUGGGCGGUCUGGUGAUUGAAACGAAUCUCGAGGAGAUUCUUGAAAAGUAUCGCACCCAAGUGCAGCUUCACAAGAGUAGCACAGAUAAGGCGGCCAAGACGGCGUCAAACAUUCGCAACAGCUUUGAUCUCGAGGGACGCUUCAAGGAGCUAAAGAAGACUGUCAAGCAGAAGAUUAAACACAGUAGUAAAAAGCAGUAA